AUGGAGGAAGAUAGACCAUUCUGGUCAUUUGAGUAUUUUCCUCCAAAAACUCAACAGGGGGUACAAAAUCUUUAUGAUCGUAUGGAAAGAAUGUAUUAUUUAGGCCCCGAAUUUGUUGAUGUUACGUGGAAUGCUGGGGGUACUUCUUCAAAACUCACUUCUGAAAUUGUAGCAACUGCACAAUCAGUUUAUGCUAAAGAAUGCGGAUGUCAAAAUAUUCUUGCUUUACGUGGUGACCCACCGCAUGGCCAAGAACGUUGGGAAGCAGUAAAAGGUGGCUUUUCAUAUGCAAUUGAUUUAGUUAGUUAUAUCCGUGAACAAUAUGGUGAUUAUUUUGGUAUUGGUGUGGCUGGGUAUUGCGAGGGUCAUGUCGAUAAUCCUGAUAAAGAUGAUGAUUUACGUCGACUCAAAGAGAAAGUGGACGCUGGUGCAGAUUUUAUCAUCACACAAGUGUUUUAUGACGUAGAUGUCUUUUUAGAAUGGGUUAAAGAAUGUCGUGCCAUCGGUAUCAAUUGUCCUAUAAUUCCUGGUCUUUUGCCAAUUCAGACUUAUUCAGGAUUUAAUAGAAUCAUAACUCUUUGUAAAACUAUUGUUCCUCAGUAUAUACUUGAUGAUUUGGAACCUAUCAAAGAUGAUGAUGACGCUGUAAAAAAAUAUGGAAUCAAAUUGGUUGUCCGAAUGAUCAAGAAGAUGUAUGCUGCUGAUAUCAAAGGAUAUCAUUUCUACACAAUGAAUUUGGAAAGAUCUACCCGUUUGAUUUUGGAAGCUCUUGAAUUUAUUGCUCCUAUAGAAAAAGUUAAACCAUUACCAUGGUGUCCGUCUCUUUCGGUUAAGCGUAAGAAUGAGAAUGUUCGUCCAAUCUUUUGGAGAAAUCGCUCAAGAAGUUAUAUUGCACGUACUGAAGCAUGGGAUGAAUAUCCUAAUGGUAGAUGGGGUGAUUCAAGAUCACCGGCUUUCGGUGAAGUUGAUGGUUAUGAGGCAUUUGAAUUAUGGGGACAUCCACAAACAUUGAACGAUAUUUAUGAAUUAUUUGUUCAAUAUUGUAAUGGUGAAAUCGGUUCACUGCCAUGGUCUGAUCAAUCACUUGCACAAGAAACUGAUAUAAUAAAGGAUCGUUUAGCCAAAAUUAAUUCUUUGGGAUAUUUAUCCAUUAAUUCUCAACCUGCUGUUAAUGGUGCCAGAAGUGAUGACAAAGUAUUUGGCUGGGGUCCAAAGAAUGGUUAUGUAUAUCAAAAGGCUUAUUUGGAAAUUUUUGUUUCUCCUGCAAAUCUUGAUUCUCUUAUCCUUAGAAUUGAAAAAGAUCCAAAUAUCACAUAUUAUGCAGUUAACAAACAGGGUGAUUUGAAAACUAACACACAAAGUGAUGGGCCUAAUGCAGUCACGUGGGGAGUGUUCUCCGGAAAAGAAAUUAUUCAACCAACGGUUGUAGAGGCCAUAAGCUUUAUGGCUUGGAAGGAUGAAGCUUUUGAGCUCUGGAAUGAAUGGGCAAAAAUAUACGACAAGGAUUCUAUUUCUUCUCAAUUGAUUACAGAAAUAGCAGACAAUUGGUAUCUGAUUAAUAUAGUACAUAAUGAUUUUCAUGAUAACGAUGGCAUAUUUAAAAUUUUUGAAGACGACGAUAUGGGUGCAGAGCGCUAA